AUGAUAGUGAUUAAAAAACUAUUUUAGAAUCAUGGAAAGAUCCUUUUUAAAUAGAUCCUCCUCCAGUAAUUAAUUAUUUUAUAAUCAUUAAUUUUUUUUUUAUUAAAGAUAUAAUCGCCAUUUAUAAUAUUAUAUAAUAAUAUAAAAUCUGAUUAUACAAAUGUAAUUAAAAAAUCAAUUUUUGAAUUAGGCUUUAUUACUGAUUAAUAAAUAUCAUCAGGAUAAAAGAUAUAUAAGGCUACAGAUACAUAAAGUUAUAUUUAAAUUGAUUUCAGAAGCUAACCUGGAUAAGCUUAAUGGGAUAAUUAAUUAGGAAUUAAAUAAGAAGAUAGUUCUUCUAUUUAAUCAAAUACACUAAUACCUUGUAAAGGAAUAUAAGGAAUUCUACCUAUUGAAGGUUCUUCUAUAGAAUGUAAUUAUGUUUUAGCCAAGUAUUCUUCCGUUUUGGGUAUGACUUAAGAAAUAUAUCCAUAAAUAUUUAUAAAGAAUUUCGUAAUACAUAUUCCUAAUAUUUAAAAUCCAUCAAAUGGAUCAAUGAAAACAAGUGUUUAAGUUCGAAUAAUUUAAAAUACAAAUAAUAUUAUUGAAAUAAAAAAUCAAUCUAUAAUAUAAAUAAACCUAUAAGACGAUUUAGGUUAAUUAGCCAUAUCACCAAAUUAAUUGACUUAUUCAAAUAAAAAAGUAGGAGAAAUAUUUAAUUUAAGUUUUUAAUUAGGACUAAAUGUAUAAGCUUAGAAUUUAUUAUUUAUUUAAUUACCUAAAUAUGAUAUUGGCUUUAUAAGAAAAGAUUAGGCUGUUUCUUGUUUAUAAAAUGAUUUAAAUCUUUAUUGUAUUCCUUAUCCUGGAACUGAUAUGAUAUUAAUUUUACUUUAAUAACCUUUGGCUUAAACUGAUAUUUUGUAAAUUAAUAACUUAAAAUGGCCCGAUUAUUAAAUUUUGUUCGGAAACACUGCUGGAUAAGAUGAAACUAUCAAUAUUUAUGAAACUGAUUAAUUAGGAGUUACUCUUUAAUAUGUAUUUUUUAAUAAUUUACCUUCUCCAAAUUUCGGCUCCGUAGUCGAAGGUUCUAUUACUAUACCUAAAAAAGGAUUUUCAUAUGUUGAUUGUUAUUAUGUUUUCAAAUUUAUAUCUGAUACAGAUAUUCCCGCUAAAAGUAUUAUAAAAAUAAAAUUUCCUGAUAUUUAUAAUUUACUUGAUUCUGAUCCUUUACCUGAAAUCUCUGUUUAAAGAUUAAUUGAUUAUAGUAAAUAAGAACCAUUAACUAUAUAAUCGACUAUAUAAAUAAUAACUAUAACAAAUAUGUAAAAACACAAUGCUUAUGAAGAAUUUUAUGUUACAGUAACUGGUAUUAAAAAUCCUUCAAGUAAUGAUUCUAGUGUAAAUUAAACUUGGGAUAUAACAGUAAUAAAAAGAAAUGAAUUAUUAGAUUAAGACAAUCUUGUUUUAUAAAAAAUUUCGUUUUUCUCUUUUGAUUUUACAGAACCUUUUUAAAAAGGAAAUAUUGUAUUUAAUUAAAUUGUUGCCUUUCCAAUGAAUGCAGAUGAAACAGCUACAUAUACAAUUGAAUUUACACCAAAUACUGAUAUACCUACAAAAGGUUAAAUUUAAAUCACUUUUCCAUAAUAAAAUUAUAAAACUCUUCCUUCUAACCCUGAUUGUAGAUUAAGCGGAGCUGUAAAUACAUUUAGUAGUUGUAGUUUAAGUGGGUCUACAUUUACAUUAAGAAUCGAAGAAAAAUAUAAUUCUGGAAGUGGCUCAAUUAUAUUGAAAAUAGCAAAUAUUAAAAACCCUGAUUAAGGACCUACUUAAGGAUUUAUCAUAAAAACUUUAUAUGAUGGUAUUUUUUUAGAUUAAACAGAUGAAAGUACGCCUAAUAGUAAUCGAAAUAUAAUUAUAUAUAGCAGAGCAUCUCCAAUAACAGUAAAAUCAGUAACGUUUGACCCUAAAAAUAUAAGCGAGGAAAGUACUUAUACAUUUAAAUUUAUUACAUAAGAUUAAUUAACAACUGGUAUGAAUAUUCUUUUUUAAUUUCCUUACGAUUAUGAUUCUUUGUUAGGAAGAAAUAUUAAUUGUAAAAUAUUAGGAGGAAUAAUAGGCAGUUAAUAUUUUUGCGAUAUAAAAGAUAGAGGUGUUUAUGUUAAAAAUUUCGAAUCAUAUGUUCCUUCCUAAGAAAAUCCAAUAAUAAUUCAAGUAAAUGGAAUAAUUAAUCCUAAUGUAGCUUUCGUAGAAACUGAUUGGAUUAAAAUUGCUACAUUAUAUAAUAAUGAUAAUAAAUUUAUAAAUUCAUAACCAUAAGCUUCCUCAGUAACUAUGUUUGCAUAGCCGGGUUGGAUUAAAGUCUUUUAAGUAUAACCUUCUCAUUAAAAAGUACGUUAUAAGGCUAGUUAUUAAUAUUAAUUUGAAUUAUUUAAAGUAGUACCCAAAUAAUAGUCUAAAGGGGCUAUUUAUGUCGAUUUCCCGAAAUAAUUUGAUAAUAUAGAAGAUAGAAGGGUCUCAUGUCAGACUUCUACGAAAGAAUUUGCAAUCAUAAUAAGCUGUUAUGUGGAAAGAAACCGUGUUUAAAUAGUUGGCAAUACAGAUGACUACAAAGGUGUGAUUAGUUUAAAUAUUAACCAGAUAGAGAACCCUACAGAAUAAGGUGAAUGUGAUAAUUUUUAUGUAAGAUCCUAUGAUGGUCAAAACUAAGUUAUUAUAGAUAGAAGCUUUGAUAAUUUAGACCCCUUUUAUUAUUCGUAUAUACUCCCUGGGCUUAUAAUUUCAAUAAAUAAUAAUAAAACAAUUAAAGUUUUCAGCGGAACACAAACUGAAGACCUUUUUGUAAAUUUUGAAGUUCCAGCUUAAUUGAAAUUAAUUUUAGUUCCAGAUACAGUUACUUAUAUUAAGGUUAUUCCUUAGACUAUUAGUGUAGAUUUGGGGUAGAAGUAGAUUAAGUUUAGGAUUUCUGCGCCUUAAUAGAUUUUAGUGGGGGUUUAUUAUAUUAAAUGGUAUAUUUUAAAUGAAUUAAUACCUCCUAUAUAUACUCCUUUGAAAAAAACAAGGGUAGAAGUCGAAGAUAGGACAAAUAUUCCAAUUUAUAUUAAUAAUAUUUUAGAUAUUCCAUAUGGAGGAAACUCUUUGGAUACAAAGAUUUAUAUUAAUUAUGCAUGUGAUAUAGCUUUUUAGAUUAAAAUUAAUUUCGAAAAUCAAUAUAAAGGAGUUAGCUUGAGUUCGGAUGUGAUAAAUUUUAAUAAAGGAUAGAAUUUUUAGUAUUUAAGGGUAAUUUCAGACAUUAAUAUUACGACAGGGACUGAAGUGGAAAGGGGGAAAAUUAAAUUUCAAAUCAUAGGAAUUGAUACUAAGUUUUAUUAAUUAGAGGUUAGCUCAUUGUAUUUUACUAUUAUUGCAGCUGAUACUGUCCCACCAGUUAUCACGAAACUAAACAUAGUUGAUGUAUAAAAAAAUAGCGCAGUUAUUAAUAUCAGGGUUAAUGAACCGGCUGGAGUUUAUUAUAUGGUGGCACUUAAUAAUACUUUAAAAGCGGAGUUUUAGGAAGUAUUUAAUAAAGGACCAGCUAUUUAUAAUACUACGUAGAGUUAAUAUGGAUAUUUUGUUGUAGAUAAGGAAAAUGUAGAUUUUAAAUUUAAUGUAGAAGAUUUGGAAGCUUAAACUGAUUAUUGUAUUUAAGUUUAUAUAUAAGAUAGGGGAGAAAAUGUUAGUAUUAUGAAAUAAAUAUCGUUUAAAACCUUAAAUAGAUAUAAUGCAGCUAAUUUUAGUUUGAGAUUUUAAGUUAGAUAAUUAUAUGAAAGUUAAAAAUAAGAAAUUUUAAGAGAAGUUUCUAAAACUCUUUCUAUUGAUAUUAAUUUUCUUUAGGAAUAAAAAUAUUAAUUUUCGAAUAAUUAAAUAUCAAGAUAUUUAUUAAAAAAAGAAAAUAAAUAAAAAAGAUAAUUAGAUGAAAUUGACGAAAACUUGAAAAUAUAAACAAUAAUGCACUUAUAAAUGUAUUCUGAUAGAUUUAAAGAAUAUUAUCCGUCUCCAUUUGAUUUAAUAUAGUCUUUAAAUAAUAAAUACGCAUAAUUAAAAGCUGUAUUACCUAUUAUAGAUAUCAAUUAUCAAAUAGUACCAAAUGAAUUUGAGAUAUACUAUCCAAGUUUUGUAAAUAAUCCUUAAUUAAUAAAUUCUAUUUGGAAUUAAGCUAAUUUUACAGUAAGAUUAAGUCAUCCAGGUUGGGUGUUUAUUUCUUGUGUUUCUUAAGAUAUAUAAGAGUAUCCUUCACCAUAUUAAAUAUAUGCAGGAUUAGACAAUCAUAAUAUAUUAGCUCCUAAUGGUAAAUAAGAAAUUACAGCUGCUUAUAAUUAUUUUAAUGUUACUGUUAAUAAUCUAAAGCCUUUAACUUAAUAUUAUGCAUAUGUAGUUGGAGGAAGUGCACAUCCAGGUUUUCCGGAUUUAAUGAAUGCUAAUAAGGUUUUUAGAAUUGAAUUUAGUACUAUUUAAUCACCCGAUGGUAAUUUGAAUAUAUAUUAAAUAUAAAUAUUUUUUUUUUUAGAUUUGCAUUUAGAUUUAAAUUUUGUUAAUAUUUUUGUGUUUAGAUUAUUAUAGUUUAUUUUGCUUUUUAAUUUAUGA